AAACCCAUGUUUGCAGUGUGAGUUGGUGUAUCGGAAAAUGCGACACAUGUAUUAUAUUUCCAACCAUUCAGAUACGAUACGAUGAACAGAAGUUAAACUUGUCCUAAAUAUUUAGGACAGUUGUAAUCGUUGUUUUCGGUUUAACUUUUGUGUGGAGCAUAUUUUGUGGAUGUUAAAACAAUACAGGUAUUUCAUUCAGCACUUUGCUUUGUAUUUCAGACAAUGAUCACUUCAACCUCCAUAUCGACAACGCCGGCCGUGACGACACGUGCUACGACGUCACCAGUCACCGGAAACACGACCGAAAACACGACAUCGAUGACUACGAUCGAAAACACAACAGCCGCCACAACAUCAGGCUACACCACCAACGCGACGUCUGAUAUGUACCCUUCCAUUCCGAACAGUCCUCCGAAAGAUCACAACGGCGCCAUUGUCGGUGGUGUCAUUGGAGGCGCCUUGCUGGUUGCCGUGGUCAUCGUUUUUGUUGUUGUUGUCUAUAGAUGGAGACGAAGAAGUAAACAACGAAACUCGAGGGAGCAUGUGUUGCCUCCACAUAAAGAGCGACUAGAACAGAUUGAGACGGAGCGCGCGCUAAAGGCCGCACAACAGAACCAGCCUGGGUUACACAACACCAAUACCAAUGUAGAAUCCGACGGUCCGUACUUAAACGCGGAUGGGCCAGAGGUGAUUAUGAAGACGUAUCCGGCAGAGGACCUUGAAGGGUACAUGAAAAAAGGUUAUGGUGGGCAUUUGCAGCCUCAAUAUAAACCUGAAAAGAAAGGACGCCGCAAGAAAGGCAAUAAGAAAGAAGCGCUGGAGAGCGGUAACGUACGGUCGUCAAUGCCGAUUGAAAGAGCCCCCUCCGUUCCGCAUUCUAGUCAAUAUCAGGUAAAAAACACGAACGAAGAUGCACAUUUACAGAUGGAUGCGCGUUUGUCUGAGAAAAGUUCACAGUACAUACAAGGAGGUGUAGCGACUGUUCCUGAUUCCGAAAAGCCAAUAGGAAAGUAUGUUAAUUUAGGGCCUCAGAAAAAAGGCGAAGCCGUGUUUGGAAUUCAGCCAAAAUCUACUGCAAACUCUACACCAAGAUCGAAUCGGGCUAAAACCAAACAAACACAGCCAGACGACGAUAUAGGCGUCUCUAAAACGACACCUACUUUGGAUGUUUCUUCUGGUGCCAAUACAAAUACGUAUGCAAAUGACACCAAACCUUAUGUCAAUCUAGAUCAUUUAGGUAAACACCAGUAUUACAAUGAGGGUGCCAUCAUUGGGCUUGCGAAAGAGAUGGUGGAAGACAUAGUCUACGAAGACAAUUAGAUGUUAUUCAUUUGUAAUGCUGUUUGUAUGAUAUAUAUAUAUUGAUAACAAAGUUUAGUUUCAUAGCUCAGUAUGAACACUUUGUGCUCGGUUAGCUAUAGGUCAAGUGGAAAUGUCUUUCAUCGCUUUCAUUGGCAAACUAAAACAGUUUGUUUAACCUUUUCUCUUUUGGGACAAGUGAGAAAAUAAUUUGUUCCAUUUUUCCAAAAUUAAGUGUUCAACUGAACUCGAUCAAAAUUGCAUAACAUGUGUAUGACCCGAAGAUUCCUAAAUAAUAUAAUAUGGCAUAUGCUUGUAUGCGUACUGGGCGCAGUUACCCCUUGUCCAUAUGAUUGAUAUAAAACAAAAAACCAACAUGCACAGCGUGGGGUGCAAAGACGUUUUAUCUUAUCUUGACCAUACCUUCACUGUCUUAGAUUGACCAUAAGAUCUCGGCCUAUGUAUAAUGAACUAAGAAGGCGAAUUCUGCAGACAGAAAGACCAUAAUGUGUACACGUUCUUUGUAAACGAAAUAUAUCGAUGUAAAUUAUUAUGAAAUUUGCAAUUCACAGAACUUGUUUAACAUAAGCAUUGUAUUCAUAAUAAACCAAUACAUUGAUCUGA